GCUGAGGCCAUGUGUGUAUUGUUUAAACUGCUCAAAUCGGGGACCUCGGGGUGAGUUUGCAGACCGAUAAAACUUCCACCAAACUGAGUGAUGGCGGCCGUCGUGUCUGUUAGCACAGCUGCCAGGGAUGAAAGCACAGACACAGGGCUCAGUUUCGCCCCUCGUCCACAUCACGAAAAUGACGACCUCGCUGCGGAUCACGAAAACUGGAUGUCCGGAGAACCGGGCCGGUAUCCCGAACUCGAACGCGGCGAAGAGGACUCAACCUCGGAACGCGAGUGUCAGCGGAGGGUCGACGAGGACUUGACAUCACUGAGCCCCGAAGAGAUUGAGAGCCGCUUAGAGAGAACUCGCCGGGAGUUUUACAACCGUAGAAAAAUCAUCAUAAAAAAUCUACCCUCCGACGUUAGCAAUCAGGAGGUUCAUGAGCUGUUGGGCAACUAUGACUUGAAGUACUGCUUUGUUGACAAAUACAAGGGCACAGCAUUUGUGACACUGCUGAAUGGGGAACAGGCCCAGUGUGCCAUCAAAGACUUCCACCAGCAUGUGCUACGUGACAGGGAGAUCUCAGUGCAGCUGCAGCCAACAGACUCUCUGCUGUGCAUCGCCAACUUGCCCCGCGCUUUUACCCAGCAGCAGUUUGAGGAGUUGGUGCGGCCCUUUGGUAACUUGGAGCGCUGCUUUCUGGUGUACAGCGCCGUAACAGGGCAUUCCAAGGGCUAUGGCUUUGUGGAGUACAUGAAGAAGGACUCGGCUGCCAGGGCCAAGUCGGAGCUAUUAGGCAAGCAGCUGGGCUCCCGCAUGCUGUAUGUCCACUGGACUGAAGUGGGCUCCCUCACGUAUCCACUCCUGCACUCUAAAUGCCUGUGCGUGGACCGCCUGCCCCCAAACCUGCUGACAGCCCAAGACCUCCGCAACGCCCUGACUGACACCCAUGCGCCAGUCUUCUGCCAGUUGGCUCAGGGACAAGAUGGAAGUUUCCGGCGGUUUGCGAUGUUGGAGUUUGCCUCAGCUGAGAUGUCUGAGGAGGCACAGCGACUCACUGAUGGCAGACUGCUGGGCGGGACACACAUCAGGGUGUCCUUCUGUGCCCCUGGCCCUCCUGGAAGAAGCAUGUUGGCUGCUCUGAUUGCUGCCCAAACCAUGGCUGUGAAUAGGGGUAAAGGUCUCCUCCCUGAUCCCACAGCCAUGCAGAUACUUACAGGCCUCAAUAACCCCGCCACCCUGAAGAUGCUGCUCAACCCACUGUCACAGGGACCCAAGCAAGGCCUCCUUGGGGCAGCCCCUACAAUGCCCCUGCUGGCCAACCCCGCUCUCUCCGCCGCUCUGCUCCAGCUGCUCCUUCAGAACCAGGCCAAGGCACAGCAGCAAGCCUUUCUGGGAAAUCAUCUUCUCUGGGCUCAGGUGCUGCACAAUAAAGAAAACCCUCUAGUGCCUUGUCAGGCAGGACUCAUUGGGGAGAAUCCUCUGGCUUCUUUGCCUGUCCAGCAGGGAGUCCAUCUGCUCGGAGACCUGCCCCAAGGUGGUGGUGUCCCAGGUCUUGGUCUACAGACGGAUCCUCUGGCCCCCCUAAAGCAAAUGCCACUUGGCAGAGCCCUAGCAAGAGAGCAGGAGUCCCCCACAGCAGCGUGUACCUUCCCCCAGACUUCCUCUCCCACUCUGCAGGGCAUCUCAAUGCCCCUGAUGGGUGGCAUGAUGGGGGCAGAUGGCCUCACAGCUCAAGGGGUAUCCAUACUAGGAGAUCCUCCCAAAGAUGUGAACCAUCCCCAGAGUGCCUUCCUCGGUGUCAGCAAUGUUUUCCCCUCAGGAGGAAGCUGCAGACCUCACCCCUAUAGGAAGAGGCCUACACUAAGUAAUGUGUCCAACCAGCACACACACCAGAGCUUUCAGCCAAAUUACAACCUGCGCUACCAGGAUUCCUACAGCCCAGAAUAUCCUCCUCUACACCAGGAUCCUCUGGCCCACUUGUAUGAACAGCAGGAGAACCUUGAUGCUGGAGCCUUGGCAGGAUUUGGUCAGCAGCAGCAGCUCUCUCGUCACCCCGACUACAGUGAGCGUUUUUCACACUACAGUUAUCCUCCCAGCGAACCCAUGUCCUCAUACUUCAGCUCAGGGCCUGAGGCCCCCAGUAACGGUAGCCUCCCCACCACCCUUCUCAACAGGGCUGUGGGAAUGCCUCCUGUGAGCCACACCACCAACUACCCCCCAGGCCUGGGGGAUGCUGUGAAGACUCCCAUUGGUAGCCACAAGCGUGUGUUCUCCCGGUUGAUCCCAUCUCCAGAGCCGAGCCCUGAGGGCAGCUACGUGGGCCAGCACUCCCAGGGCCUUGGUGGCCAUUAUGCAGACUCCUACCUUAAGCGAAAGCGUAUAUUCUAACUACAGCUGAAUGGCUUUUUGCUGUAGGAGUAGCCAUUUAACAGUCAGGACACAAUGGCAUUUCCUCUGGGUUUCUUCCAAUGAACUUUAUGACGUGGUGGUCCUUAGACUUGUCUCCUGUGUACUCCUGUGAGUGACCCCUGGAGGGCGCUGGGGGAGUGCAGCCUGUUGCUAUCUGGACAGUUGUGUCACUCCAUGGAAAUUCUUGGUAUUUUUUUUCUGUUGUGUGUGUGUGUGUAUAUAUGAUUUUAGUGUGUUGGUAAUUUAAGUUUUUACUUUUUCCUCAUUUUUAUUUUGACUUUUAAUUUCCUGUUGAAAAACUUGUACAGUGAGAAAAAAAAUGGUUAAUUAGCAAACGGAAGUACUUUCUUUUAAGCAUUUUUUUUUUUUUUUUUUUAAUUCCUGUGUUGAGUGUGGUGUAUCAGCAGAGCUACAGAUAGUUUGGCCAGUUUUCAAUGGCAGCAAUAGGCUGCUUUUUAUAAUGUUUGACAUCCCGCUAAAGUGAUGCUGUCCACAAUUUCAGGUAAAGGGACUUGCAUAGUAUUAAGACAAGCUUUACUUGAAAGGCUCUAGUUUUUAAAUCGCCUUCCUAAAUUCCAUGUAAAAAGUUCAGUAGUUUGUGUAAUGAGAUGGGUGUUUUUUUUGUUUCCACAGGGUUGUAUAUUUUGCUGUAUGACUAUUUCCACAUUCAGGCCUCUCCUCAUUGGGUAACAUGCAGCUUUCCAUCCACCAAUGACAGCUGUAUGUACCUGCCUGUGUAUUUUGACGGUGAAGCUUUUUACCAUUCUGGCAUAUUUUCUCGAGCCUUUAACUUUUCCACGUUGUUUGUCUAUUGAUUCACACCCUCCAACUUGUUUACGGAGUCUGUUCUCUGCACUGGUUGAGUGAUGCACUUGGGAGGUCACGAUCCAAAUCUGUUCUCACCUCCUAUAAGAUGCCAUUUUCAAGUCUACUCUCACACAUAUGUCCAGGAGUUGAAUAUUUUCUGUGUUUAUGUGAGUGUUAUGUUUUGCUAAGUUUAAAUUUUGAAUGUCUUAAAAGUCCAAACACCACACCUCGAUGGUUGAGUUAGGUGGGUGGAUGGGGCAGUGGACAUGAGAUGUGUGCCAUCUCUCGAGUCUGGGGAGGUACUAAUGGAAGCUAGUGGCAGGUGAUUGGUCAGUGACAUGACUGUCCUUGUUUUUCUUUUUCUUUUUUAUAAUUAUCUGGUUGACAGUUUGAUUGUGAAAACCCAUUACCUCUGACUUCUGCUAGGAAAUGCAGCUACACUUGAGCCUUAACAGUGUUUUCUGUGACAUCAUCCUGCCCUGUGUUGGCUUCCAUCUACAUUUACCAUUUCUGUGUUAUUUGCUGUGUAAAUAGUUAAGCUUGAUCAUUUUCCUGAGUCCAAUUUUUUUGUUUUGUUUUCUUUAAUCUUUUUUGUUUUCUUUAAUCAAACCUGCCUCUGGUCUGGUGUUUUGAAUGAAUUUGCUGCUCCUCGUGUUAUUGUUGUUUGCCUGUAUGCUUGACAGCUGGUGUGACCAAGAGUGGCGCCACAGCGGUCCGCUCAUGUUGUGUAUGGACCAAGAGAUGCAGCCGUACUGUAUGAUGAUCAUUCAUUUUGAUCGAUUUUGAUUCUAACUGCCAUCUUCUCAUCUGUACCGCCAUGGUUGUCUCUGUGUGAUGUGAGCAAGUAAAUGUUAUUUAACACA